AUGCUAGAUAGCAAGAUGAAGGAAGAUACGUCCACCAUCACCGACACGACGAGCGCGCAAAGAGAACAUCGAGUAAUGCAUACGGAUGCCGCACCGAGCGAAAAUGAAGACGGCACACCACCAUCACCAUCAUCAUCGCCGAGCCCGACCCCGGCGGCCCCUGGACAACAACAGCCAAAGGACGACAGCGAUGCCGAGAGCGUCGGCGGCCAGCGGAACACCAUGUCGCGGAAACGCAUGCUGCUCGCCUUCUCGGCCCUGUCCGUCUGCCUCUUCGUCUCCUUCAUCGACCAGACGAGCGUCUCCACGGCGGUGCCGGCCAUCGCGGGCGACCUCGACACGGGCACGGCCACGUCGUGGAUCGGGACCUCGUUCCUCAUCGCGUCGACGGCCUUCCAGCUCAUCAACGGGCGCCUCUCGGACAUCUUUGGCCGCAAGAACCUGCUCAUGAUCUGCCUGGUGCUUAUGGCCGUCGGCGACGUCCUCUGCGGCUUCUCCCGCACCAAGGAGCAGCUCUUUGCGUUCCGAGCCGUGGCGGGCAUCGGCGGCGGCGGCAUCAACAGCAUCGUCAUGAUCAUUGUGAGUGACAUCACGACGCUGGAGAACCGAGGCAAAUACCAAGGCAUCCUCGGCGCCGUCCUCGCCUUGGCUAACGGAGUCGGGCCCUUCGUCGGCGGUGCCGUCGUGCAGCAGUCGACCUGGCGCUGGGUCUUCUGGAUGGUUCCCAUCAUAAGCGCCCCGGCUGCCGUCACCAUCCUCUUCUGCCUGCCCCUCAAGCACCGGUCCGGCAACUACGCCGACAAGAUCCGAAAGAUCGACUACGGCGGCAUCGCCCUGAACAUGGCCUCGACGCUGCUGGUCCUGGUGCCGCUGUCCGGCGGCGGCGUGUCGUACCCGUGGUCCUCGCCCUUCGUCAUCGGAGCCGUCGUCGGCGGCGGCGUCCUGGGCGUCCUCUUCGUGCUGUACGAGUGGAAGCUCGCGAGGCUGCCCAUCAUGCCUCUCCGCCUGUACCGGGCGCCACACUGCAGCUGCCUCUACGGCCAGACGUUUCUCAUGGGCCAGGCCUACUUCGGCAACCUGUUCUACCUGCCCAUCUACUUCCAGUCCAUCCUCCGCUUCUCGCCCCUCGCCGCCGGCGCCAUGAUCCUGCCCGUCAUCAUCACGACGUCGAUCCUGUCCAUCCUCUCGGGCCAGUACAUGCUGCGCGCCGGGCGGUACAUGCCCUGCAUCCUCGCCGGCUUCUUCUUGUGGACCCUCGGCAACGGCUUAACGGUGCUCUUCGGCCGCGGCACGGGGCUCGGGCCGCUCAUCGGCAUCCUUAUCGUCGUCGGCGCCGGCAUCGGGCUCACGCUGCAGCCGACGCUGGUGGGCAUGUACGCCAACUCGCGCAGCGAGGACCGCGCCGUGACGACGGGCCUGCGCAACUUCAUCCGCACCAUCGGCGGCGCCUUCGGGCUCGUCGUCUCGGGAGUUAUCCUCUCCAACACGCUGCGGCGGGACCUGCGCGGCAGGGACUUCGUCUCGGACGGCGUCGUCGCCGAGCUCACGUCCUCGACGUACACGCUGGGCGACAAGGGGUUCUCGGACGAGGAGCAGGCCGUGAUCCUCGAGGCCUACAUGAGGGGGCUGCAUUACAUCUUCAUCUACUACGUCAUCUGUUCCGGGCUGAGUCUGGUGUUGACGCUCGGGGUGGGCAACACGAGUCUCAAGGCGAAGAAGCCGGCGCAGGGCCCGGAGACGGUGGUGAGGGACACGACGGGCAGAGACGAAAAGGUGGGGAAAUGA